AUGAGUAAUAAUGGGUCUCCUGCGGCUCCUUCAAAAACAGAAUUCAAUAAAUAUAAAAUCGGUAAAGUGAAGAGUACACCAGCUAUCCAACGAGAUUUGAAGACUAAUUUAACAUUCAUUGAGUUGAAAAAGAGAAGUAGUGAGAAGGUUUACGGAUGUACUGUUUUCCAAGACCAUUAUCGUGAAGACGAAAAACUAGGUCAAGGUACUUUUGGUGAGGUUUAUAAGGGUAUUCAUUUAGAGACCCAAAGGCAAGUGGCCAUGAAGAAGAUUAUAGUUAGUGUGGAAAAAGAUCUCUUUCCGAUAACGGCUCAAAGAGAAAUUACCAUUUUAAAGCGGUUGAACCACAAAAACAUAAUCAAACUAAUUGAAAUGGUGUAUGACCAUUCGCCAGGUACGAUAAAUUCAGCAUCCAACAACUUGCAUAAAUCAUUUUAUAUGAUCCUGCCGUAUAUGGUAGCAGAUCUCUCAGGUGUUCUGCACAAUCCAAGAAUCAAUUUAGAAAUGUGCGAUAUCAAGAAUAUGAUGUUACAAAUAUUUGAAGGUUUGAAUUAUAUUCAUUGUGCAAAAUUCAUGCAUAGAGAUAUAAAGACGGCAAACAUUUUGAUUGACCAUAAUGGUGUUUUGAAACUGGCUGACUUUGGUUUAGCAAGACUGUAUUACGGUUGUCCUCCCAAUCUAAAGUAUCCAGGUGGUGCAGGUUCAGGAGCAAAAUAUACAUCAGUAGUGGUAACAAGAUGGUAUAGAGCACCAGAACUUGUUCUAGGUGAUAAACACUAUACGACAGCUGUUGAUGUAUGGGGUGUUGGAUGCGUUUUCGCCGAAUGUUUUGAAAAAAAACCGAUACUACAGGGUAAAACCGAUAUUGAUCAGGGACAUGUAAUUUUCAAAUUGUUAGGGACACCUACGGAAGAAGAUUGRGCUAUGGCUCAGCAUUUACCAGGUGCUGAACUAACAAAAACAAGCUACAAAUCAACGAUAAAAGAGAGGUUUGGUAAAUACCUAACCGAGACAGGCUUGGACUUCUUGCGACAAUUGUUGGCUCUAGAUCCUUAUAAGAGACUGACCGCCAUGUCCGCUAAACAUCAUCCUUGGUUUACAGAGGAACCUUUGCCUUCAGUAAAAAUUACACUACCAACUGAAGAAAGUCAUGAAGCUGAUAUCAAGAGAUACAAAGAAGAAAUGCAUCAAUCAUUAUCGCAGAGAGUGCCCACAGCACCGAGAGGUCAUACAGUUGAAAAGGGUGAAUCACCCGUUUUGAAACCCCGUGUAGCAAUUCCAAGAGGUCCCAAGAAGGAUGACGCAAUCCCUAUAGCGCCCUUGAGAGAUAUAUCUUCUAGGCCGCCUUCGUCAAAUUCGAGAGAUCAGCAUCAAAAUCCUAGGUCGUAUCAUUCUAAUAACGGAUAUUCGAAAACCGUGGCACCACCAUCAGCUACACCCGUGGGAAUCAACAGGUAUGGGACCAAUAAUAUUCCGAGAAACAAUCGCUUCGACGGCAGCCAUGCAGGUCCAAAUAACAACAGGAAUCCAAUAAAUCGGUUUCAACCAGAGACAAAUGUCAACUCUAAAUACACUAAAACACCACUGCCACUGGGACCACACUCAAGAUACCAGGGCACCUCAACAGAUUCGAGGUACAAAAGCUCGGCAAACGACUCUAGAUACCACAACCCAAGGUAUCCUAACAAAUCGGACACAAGUUUCAAUAAACCAGUUCAAAACUACAGUCGCCAAGAACCCCAUGUAAUAAGCAGAAAUUAUAAUCCUCCGAACGGUCCCCGCAACGCCGGUUUCAAUCAUCAUCAAGAUCCAAGACCACCCCAGACACAGUUUCCAGUAUCAUCCUCGCAGAACCAAAAUCAAAUUUCAAAUAAACCACUAGAUAAUAAAAAUGGAAGUUUGAAGGACGAGAGAGCAAAACCAGAUGACCAAAGGAGUCAUGACAAUAAUGAUAUUGCAGAUCUAUAUUAG